AUGCUUCCGCAGCUCAAUCGUAAUAGGGAUACAGCCCGAUCGUUCAUUCGGAAGCCAGGCGUCACAUUUGAAGGCGAUACAACCAUCAAUGUGCCUGGCUCCCAGCCUCCGCCGCUGAGGCGGCCUACGAUCAUGAGGCGGCAUCAGUCGUUGUCGCGCCCAGAACGCGCUCACCAAAUUACGCCCCUGAUCAAUCCGGAUGGUGAGCCUGACGACCCAUUUUCAGAGCAUAGAAAACCACCGCUUUGGCGCAUGUGGUGGCACUACUUGGCGAUCGUGUGCACGUUUUGGGCGCCAGCGCCUAUGCUGUCCCUUCUUGGCUUCCACAACCCGGCGGUGCGGCAAGCAUGGCGCGAGAAAAUCACGCUGGUACUUUUUGCCUGUGUGCUAGGUGCCAUUAUUGCCUACAUCACUGUAGGCUUGCAGCGCACUCUUUGUCCGACGGACGCGCGUGACGUCUUCCAGAACGUGAAAAACGCCAGGGGACUGGUCGGCGUCUUGGGUCAGACUUAUGAUGCUCAGAGCAUUAGUGUUUCAGAAGCACUGACUAGGAAAGUAUUUGACACGCCUGGCCUCGACUUGACGCCGUACCUCAAUGCUCAAAACCACCAUUUUGACCGAUGCAACGGCCAAACGGGGCGGUACGCACAAUGGCUUGGGUGCAUUGAUGUGAACAACCGCCCAGCUCCUUGUGAAGGUCUGCUGAGCAAUCAGUCACUGCAAAGCAAGCUACAUCUACGAGACCACCCGAGGCUACUAGGUUUCGAUUGGAAGGAUGUAGCUGAGAGCCCUGCUAAGCUCCUCUCCAUCGAUGGCUAUGUACUGAAUUUUGAGUCGUACUUGGCCUACAAUCCGACCCCUAUCCCGAACGACGAUGUCGACGAAGCGAUUCGUGCCUACUUUAACGAAACUUUUCGUGGUGCCGAUGCCACGAAGAUUUUUGCGCGUCACCGAGCUUCGAAAAACUCGAUUGAAUGCCUGAAGCAGCGGUAUACGACCGGCCGUGUGAAUUACAAGACGUCCGGCUGCUUUGUUGCUGAGCUCAUUUUGUACAUCUCGCUGAUUGUGAUUCUAGGUCUGGUGAUUGCACGGACUGUCAUGGCGAUCUGGUACGCUUGGGUAGGCUCCCGACGUUUAGCUAGUCCGCCUCCUGCACCAGGCAAAAUGUCGCAGGCCGGUGUGAAGCGUCCCCGGCCGAUUUCACAUGUACAGAUGCCAGUGGAUGCAUCGGCAGACAAUCCGCAAGGCUUGGCACCGUGGGCGGACAAGAAAGUACGGCAAUCGCGCCUGAUUGUGCCUGGAAAGUCUGGCGAGUUGACGUUAGCGACCCCUGAGCUGCCUGUCGCGAUGACCCCAGAUGACAUUGGGAAUGACCCCUAUAUUGUGUGUCUUGUCACUUGCUACUCGGAAGGCUUGGAAGGUAUUUCCGCUACACUGUCGUCGCUCAGUACGACAGAGUAUCCAACCAACCGCAAAUUGAUUUUUGUGGUAGCUGACGGUAUGGUGACAGGGUUUGGCGAGACGGUCAGUACGCCAGACAUCUGUGUCAGUCUCAUGACGCCGGACCAGCGUUUUGGUACGCCGACGCCUAUGAGUUACCGUUCUGUGGCGGCUGGCCGCAAGGCGCACAAUAUGGCGCUGGUGUAUGCAGGCCACUACCUCCAUCCAUCGGGCGGUGCGCCUGUGCCUAUGGUGGUGGUUGUCAAGUGUGGCUUGCCGGAAGACGCGAACGAGGCCAAGCCGGGCAACCGAGGCAAGCGUGAUUCCCAGAUGAUCUUGAUGAACUUUUUGCAGCGUGUGACGUACAACGAUCCAAUGACGCCGUUGGACUACGAUCUCUUCCGCAAGACGCAUGCACUGAUGGGCGUCACGCCAGACUAUUUCGAGCUGUGUCUUAUGGUGGAUGCCGAUACCAAGCUGCAAUCGACCUCGCUACGUUACCUUGCGAACGCAAUGCUUAACGACCAUCGCAUUAUGGGCGCAUGUGGUGAAACACGUGUACAGAACAAGGCACAGUCGUGGGUCACAGCCAUCCAAGUGUUUGAGUAUUUCAUCUCCCAUCACCAGGUGAAAGCCUUUGAGGCUGUCUUUGGUGGUGUGACAUGUCUGCCCGGCUGUUUUAGUAUGUACCGGAUCAAGGCACGCAAGCCAGGUAACGAAGACUGGAUUCCUGUGAUUGUGAAGCCCGAAGUAACGCGUGAAUACAGCCAGGCGGUGGUGACCACAUUGCACCAAAAGAACCUGCUGCUGCUGGGUGAAGAUCGGUUCUUGAGUACACUAAUGCUCCGUACCUUCCCCCAUCGCAAAAUGGUGUUUGUCCCGCAGGCGAUUUGUCAUACGGAGGUACCACACACGUUCAAGAUGCUGCUUUCUCAACGUCGUCGCUGGAUCAACUCUACUGUGCACAAUUUGAUGGAACUGGUGUUGGUGCGUGACUUGUGUGGCACGUUUUGUUUUUCGAUGCAGUUCGUCGUGCUAAUGGACUUGAUUGGUACCCUGGUUCUCCCUGUGGCGAUUGCCCUAACUUACUACCUGAUUAUCAUGUCGAUUAUCCAUCCCCCCCGUGACUUUACGUCUGCCAUCCCACUCACGAUGUUGGUGGCUGUCCUCUUUGCACCAGGUUUUGUCGUGGCAUGCAUUCGUUUUAGUUUCCAUUACAUUGUGUGGCUGAUUAUCUAUUUGAUUUUCCUGCCUGUGUGGAACUUCAUUCUCCCGGCGUACUCGUUCUGGCACUUUGAUGACUUUUCCUGGGGUGAGACUCGUAAGGUGGAAGGCGAAAUGAAGCCCACAGCUCAUGAUAUCGGCGAGGAGAGCUACCAAGCUUCGCUCAACAUACCAAUGCGGCAGUGGGCCGACUGGGAGCGCUCGCGCAUUCGCAAAUUGGCGCGUGACCAGCGCCGCCGUGAAGAGCUGGAAAGCCGCUUUGGUGCCGGUUUCCACAACGAUAGUGAUGUGCCUCCGGCAACAGAUGCAAACUUGCGUCGCGUUGCUCAGACAGUAUACCCCACCUCGCCAUCACCGUCGCUCUCGAAUGAAGAAGACCGUUGGGGCGACCAGAUUGGUGCUUACAACGAAAACGACGCGGUACCUGAACUCUUGCGAGCCAACCGUCCUGUGUCAACAGUGCUGGCUCCCGGCGGUGCUGGUCUUGUUGACGAAGGUGACAUGGAAAGCAUUCUACGUGAGGGGUGGGACGGUGAUGACGACGACGAUGACGACGGCGAUGGGCACGGCGAUGACAAGGAUACGCGCCCGGAUGUACGUGGGCCUUUCCUGAAUGCGCCCAACUAUUCAGUCAUGUCGCUCCAGGACGAAACCGACCCCCUUUCGGACAGCUUGGAACCACGUACCCCUGUUGACAUGGGCACGCUGAUCCAGCCGCGAGCGACACUAGCUGGCACAGUCGUCGCAAAUCACGGUGCGUCUGCCUCGUCCUCGUCGGCUAUUAGUAAUGCUCGGGGCACUCAUGCCCGCAAUCGAUCCAUGGGCCAGAGGAUGGAAAGGCCGUAUGAGUAA